UUACAAUUUUAUCUAUCUCUCAUAAGCCAAUUUAAAACUGUUAUAAAUAUUUGUUUCUGCAUUACCAUAGACCUUAAGAAAUUGUACAGAUAUGCCUAUACGGACAUACCAAAGUCGAACUUUAAAGAAUAUCGACGGAAAUCCAUGGAGGAUGCCGAAAUACCGGCUGCGAAAAGUGCUGAUGAACGAAAAGCGCUAAGUUGCAUUGCCUCUUUCGUUGGCGGUGUUGCUGGAUUGUAUAGCUUAAAAUCUCACGCAAUGCAUUACAUCCUUUUUAUGAUGCCCUCGCGGGAUAUAUUGGCAGAGGCUCAAUUGGAAGUGAAACUAUCCAAUAUACAAGAAGGACAUGUGGCGAUAGUAAAGUGGCGCGGCAAACCUGUUUUUAUUUAUCAUCGCACACAAUCAGUUAUCGAGCAAGAAAGAGCAGUAAGAUUAUCCGAAUUGCGCGACCCAGAAACGGACAAUGACAGAGUUAAAAGGCCGGAAUGGUUAAUCGUAGUGGGAGUUUGCACGCAUUUGGGAUGCAUACCGAUUCCGAAUGCCGGAAUUAUACCGGGUGGCUUCUUCUGCCCGUGUCACGGCUCGCAUUUCGACGCGGCCGGCCGUGUUCGAAAAGGACCAGCGCCAACUAAUUUGGAGGUACCCGAGUAUAAAUUUGUAAAGGAUGAUAUGAUCAUCGUCGGAUAACGCGUUACUUUCUGAGUUACGACGAAUGUUAAACAAGAAAUAACAAGCGAGUCGUUACAGAGAAUACAAUACUUCGCGCGUUUUUAUUCCAAUCCAUCGGGAUUUGGAAAGUUAUAGUUUUAAUAACUUUGAUAAUAAGAUGUCUCAGUUCCAAUAAUAAUAAUAAUAAUAAACAAAUAUGGAAACUCACCGAUUUUUCCUUCGAUGAUUUAUGGAUUAUUUAUGAUCCAGAUAUCUUGCUGCAACACGGCGAAUCGACGACAUUCGAUCGGUACUCUCGGCACAGUAAUUUAUAAGCGACCGUCUUUCCAUAAAUCGUGAAAGUACGGAAUGCAAUUUGAACUUCUAACGAACGCGCGACAUUUGGCAUUCUUUGCAGCUCAUUACGCGAGAUGUCCAUUUCCAGUGUCUAUUGAACGAUAUCUUGCCGCGACAAACGCGCGGAAUUGUUUCCGGCACUUCCAACGAUA